GCCGGAGGGACGCAGGGGCAGCUGGGGAGGGAUAGAGAGGCUGGAGGAGCCGGGGAUGAGGGCCUGGGUGAACAGCUGAUCCCAGCGCGGGAAACGUGAGUGCCUCCCGAGGGGUCGAGAGCCAUGUCCACCGCCGAGCAGAUCGUCGAGGAUUUUGAGACCUUCGGCGUGGCGCUGGGGGAUAAUGAGCUGGUGGAGAGAUGCUUGGAACUGUGUUCUCAGUAUGGCGUGGAUGGCGAGGGCAUUGCUGCCUGCUGGAUAUCCUUUGCCAGUAGCAAUGGUUACGAUUCCCUCACACUGGAUCGCCUCGAUCACUUUGAACGCGAUCAGCUAGCCAAGGAGAAGAAAACUAACUCAAAGAGCACCAAGAAUUUAAACUUAUAUGAUGUCUCAACACUUGAUGCACUCUCCAACGAGGACGAUGACCAUGACCUGCUGGCGGCCUACGGCGGCACCCCAACCCUCAAGGCUAACAAGCGGCAGUUAACACCAGAUAAAAGUAUCACAAAACGUCAUGUUGGUCCUGCGCGCUCGAUCUCGGCCCAGUUUUCGCCCGCUACUCUCUCGCCCAGUGUAGCAACUCCUUCAUAUAAAUAUUCUGCCAGGACAAAUGCAGGUGGUGUUGUUGCAUCAUUUGGGGACUGUAGUGAGGCAUCAUGGAAAGCUCACCCAAACUUCAUGCCAAAGGUUAAGAUGCUGGCUAUGGGAGGUGAGGAGCCUUUGACCAAAUCAUACAAGUACAUGUUUGAGAAAAUAAGAGAUGCAGCUGGGGCUUUGGAUGACUCUAUCAAUGUCCUAGCAGAGCAGAUGAAGGAUGCUCUUCAAGUUGAAGAGUUUUCUCAUCUUAAAAUUAUGAGUAAUGAGAGUAUAUCGGUAGUUGGGCGGAUUUGCUGUGACAGCGUGGGUCGCCUGAAUGCUGCUUCAGUAUUGUUGGAGGGUUCACGUGAGAUUGCCGGUGGUAAAACAGUCCCUGUUGAUCUAUCACAGCUUGACAAAUACUCCCUCUUUCCUGGCCAGAUAGUGGGCCUCCGAGGAAUAAACACAACAGGCAAUAGAUUGAUUGCCAAGGAAUUGGUGCCUGGAAAAGUUCUGCCUCCAUGUAGCUCUCCUGUUACAAUUACCAGUGCCACAGGUCCAGUACAAGUGGUGGUGGCAUGUGGUCCGUUCACAACGACAGAGAAUUUGCUUUACGAACCACUCACAGAUCUGCUAACUGCUGUCCACAAGAAUCCCCCACAUUUGCUGAUACUUCUGGGCCCUUUUCUUGAUGCUGCACAUCCAUUGGUAGCCAACAAUGAGCUGGGAGAAACUCAUGAAGCAGUGUUUAAUCGAUGUAUACGAAUUAUUACAUCUACACUAGAAAACUUGGUGACGCAAGUUAUUCUGGUGCCAUCAAGCCGUGAUGUGUGCGCGCCUAUGGUGUAUCCAACCCCGCCAUAUGAUUUGGGUGGAAACCUUACGUGUGUGAGUGAUCCUGCUCUUUUGGAUAUUGAAGGUGUGGUUGUAGCUCUUACUGCUACAGACAUACUUUUCCACCUUGGAAAGGAAGAGAUAUCUUUCCCACCUCAAGGUUCGGAUAGAUUGGGUAGACUUACUCGACACAUCUUAAUGCAGCAGAGUUUGUAUCCACUUUACCCAGGGCCAGAGGGCAUCUGUAUUGAUCAAGAGCAAGCAGAAACCCAUGCACGGCUACCAUUUAACCCCCACCUGCUUGUUCUGCCAUCAGAUCUUCGAUACUUCGUCAGGGACUUGGAGAACUGUGUAGUUCUCAAUCCAGAACGUCUAGCCAAGGGUCUUGUUGGGGGCACAUACGCACAGCUGGAACUCCAUCCUCCCGCAAAAAAUGAAAGUACAAUGGUUGGCUCGGUGAAUGCUCAAAUAGUUAAAGUUUAAAGAAAUUUUUAUACAUCUAUGAGGUUUUAAAAUAAAAAAAAUGCUUGCA